AUGCCGUCGCCACUUUACCUCGCCAGAGAACAACCCAUCGAGAAACAACUACUUGAGACGGAACACGAUAGUAGACCAUCAUCGACGAGACACAUACAAGAUGAAGAUCUAAACAAGCAGGGGAACCCACCCGAGCAUAUAGAAGCACAACCCGAUGCAUUGUCAAUUGUCACAGCAGGCUCUCAGAUUCCUCCACCCCCAGAUGGAGGUUUACACGCCUGGCUGAAAGUUUUUGGCGGCUUCAUGAUAUACAUCAACAUCUGGGGAUUCACGCUGAGUUACGGCGCCUUCCAAGCGUACUACAAAUCUUCCUUCCUCUCCGCCUCCUCACCUUCCGCCAUAUCUUGGAUUGGCACAGUGCAAGGCUGGCUUCUCAUCGUCAUCGGUGUCUUAUCAGGGCCGUUGUUUGACAAAGGCUAUUUUCGCUCCAUGCUCUUUGCUGGCAACUUUUUAGUUGUGUUUGGUAUUAUGAUGCUGAGCCUGUGUACAAAGUAUUGGCAGGUCUUCCUCGCUCAGGGAGUGUGCAUGGGUCUCGGAGCUGGACUACUAUACAUUCCCAGUCUGGCAUUGGUAGGUAUUUGGUUUGACAAGAAGAGAGCGUUCGCAUUGGGCAUUGUGAUGAGUGGAAUUGCAGUGGGGGGGGUCGUCUAUAUCAUCAUGUUUGACCGUCUUACCAAGUCAUCCGGUUUCCCUGUGGCUAUCCGUUCUAUUGGCUUCGUCGCCCUAGCCGCAGCCCUCCUCUCAAUCCCCGCGCUCCUCAGUGGCUCUAAAGUGCUUGCUACUCCCCGCAAAGCUCGCGCGCUCUUCGAUGUCAGUGCGUUGAAAGACCGGCUCUUUCUUGUCUUCACCUGCUGUUCUUUUUUUACAUUCCUUGGCUAUAUAAUACCCUAUUUUUACAUACCGACAUAUGCAAGAGACAGAUUGGGUACAUCGGAUAGUAUGGCGCUAUAUCUCCUGGUGAUGAGUGUGGCUGCGAGCUUCUUUGGUCGAUUGGCGAGUGGAGUGCUGGCGCAGUACAUCGGACCAAUAACUACUUGGGCAUUGUGCUCAUUUGCGAGUGGGAUCAUGGCAUUGUCCUGGAUUAGCAUUGAAACGGAGAGCACAUUCAUUGCUUUCAGUAUCCUCUGGGGAUUUUGCUCUGCUGCUCUAGUUACAGUUCCCUCUGCGGCCUUUGCAAGUAUCACGCCAGAUCUCUCGCGCCUGGGAACACGGUUGGGAAUGUCCUGGAGCGUGUCGAGUAUUGCGACACUCAUCGGAGCGCCUAUUGCAGGUGCUUUGUUGAAAAAAAAGGAAAACGGGCAGACGAAUUUUAUUGGAGUGCAGGCUUGGUCAGGAGCCUUCUUGCUAGCGGGUACGGGUUGGCUAUGCGUGCUCUGGUACUUGACGAUGAGGACGCAGAAGAAGGGCUGGAAGGUGUGA